CGGGCCUGCCGCGUCGCGCGUCCUCCGCUCCGGGCUCGGGUCAUCGAGCCACGCGCGAUGGGGUCCCGCAGCCCAGCGGCCGCGUUGCUGGUGCUGCUGAGUGCCGGGUGCGUGCUGCCACCGGGGCGCGCACAGUACGAGCGCUACAGCUUCCGCAGCUUCCCGCGGGACGAGCUGAUGCCGCUCGAGUCGGCCUACCGCCACGCGCUCGACCAGUACAGCGGCGAGCACUGGGCCGAGAGCGUGGGCUACCUGGAGGUGAGCCUGCGCCUGCACCGUCUGCUGCGCGACAGCGAGGCCUUCUGCCACCGCAACUGCAGCGCGGCUACGCCCGCUCCCAUGCCCGCAGGCGCUGCCGGCCACACCGAGCUGCGCCUCUUCGGCGGCGUACUGCGCCGGGCGCAGUGUCUCAAGCGCUGCAAGCAGGGCCUGCCCGCCUUCCGUCAGUCGCAGCCCAGCCGCGCGGUGCUGGCCGACUUUCAGCAGCGCGAGCCCUACAAGUUCCUACAGUUCGCUUACUUUAAGGCCAAUGACCUCCCGAAGGCCAUCGCUGCGGCUCACACCUACCUUCUGAAGCACCCUGACGAUGAGAUGAUGAAGAGAAACAUGGCCUAUUACAAGAGCUUGCCUGGAGCUGAGGACCACAUUAAAGACCUGGAGACCAAGUCAUACGAGAACCUGUUCAUCCGUGCGGUGCGGGCCUACAAUGGGGAGAACUGGAGGACGUCCAUAACGGACAUGGAGCUCGCGCUCCCUGACUUCCUGAAAGCCUUUUAUGAGUGCCUGGCAGCCUGUGAAGGCUCCAGGGAGAUUAAGGACUUCAAGGACUUCUACCUGUCCAUUGCAGACCAUUAUGUAGAAGUUCUGGAAUGCAAGGUUCAGUGCGAGGAGACCCUCACCCCGGUCAUAGGCGGCUACCCCGUGGAGAAAUUCGUGGCCACCAUGUACCACUAUUUGCAGUUCGCCUAUUAUAAGUACGAGAAACCUGGUCGUCUGAUGGUUCUCGCUUGUGUCCGACAGGAAGCAGUGCAGUUCUUUAACGUGACGACGCUCCAGAAGGAGCUCUACGGCUUUGCCCGGGAACACCUAAUGGAUGAUGAUGAGGGAGAGGUUGUGGAAUAUGUGGAUGACCUCCUGGAGAUGGAAGAGGCUGGUUAGUCCACAGCAACUACAGAGACUUCUCUCUGUGUUCCUUCUUCAAGUGCCUGGGCUGCUGAUACCUCAGAGCCUCCCCUUUUAAAGGCAAGGGGAGCCACCAUCCCUUUACUACACGGAGCCAGGGUCCAGCCUGCCCUCCCUGUGUCCACACCUGUCCACACCCAACUGCCUUCUCUGUACUCACACUCAUCUUCAUGGUCAUGUCUCCCCAGCCAUCUUCCUCUCGUUCACACCUGUCUUUCUGUCCACGUACACCUCCCCGUCCUCCCAUCUGUCCUCCCCAUCUUCAUCUCUGUCUUCCCUCUGAUCCCUCCUGUUUCCCCCAUGUUCAGAAAGACAGUCUUCUGUGGUCUGUUUUUUUUUUUUAAUCCCUAAGGAAAAAAACAGUAUUAUUUUUUAAGUAAG